UAGUCAGGAGGCUGAGGCAGGAGAAUUGCUUGAACCCAGGAGGCAGAGGUUGCAGUGAGCCAAGAUCUUGCCAUUGUACUCCAGCCUGGGUGACAGAGCAAGACUCCAUCUCAAAAAAAAAAAAAAACAAAAAAAAAACAAAAAAAAAAACAACUCCUACAACUCAAUAACAACAAAACAAAUAACCCAAUUUAAAAAUGAGCAAAGGACUUGAGUAGACAUUACACCAAAGAAGAUAUACAAAUAAGCACAUGAAAGAUGAAAAGAUGCUCAACAUCAUCAAUAAUUAGGGAAAUGUAAAUGGAAACCACUAUGAGAAAUAAUCUUGCACCCAUUAGGAUGGCUGCUAUAAAAAACAGAAAAUAAGUGUUGAUGAGAAUGUAGCAAAAUUGAAACCCUUGUGCAGUGUUGGUAAGAAUGUAAAAUGGUGCAACCAGUGUGAAAAACUGUAUGGCAUUUUCUAAAGCUAGUGUAUUACCAUAUGAUCUAGCAGCUUGACUUAUGGGUAUAUACCUCAAAUAAUUGAAAGAAGGAUUUUGAAGGGAUAUUUGGACACCCAUGUUUAUAGCAAUAUUAUUCAUAAUAGCCAAAAGGAGGAAGCAACCUAAGUGUCCAUUGACAGAUGAGUGGACAAGCAAAAUGUGGUCUAUCCAUACAAUGAAAUAUUAUUCAGCCUUAAAAAGGAAGGAAAUUCAGACAGAGGCUACAACAUAGAUGAACCUUAAUGGCGUUAUGCAAAGUGAAAUAAGCCAUUAACAAAAAGGCACAUACCGUGUGAUUCCACUUAUAUGAGAUAUUUAGACUAAUCAAAUUCAUAGAGGCAGAAAGUAGAAUGGUGUUUGCCAGGGAACAGGGGAGAAAGGAAUAGGGAGUUAUCGUUUAGUAGUAAUGGACUUUCAAUUUUGGAAGAUGAAAAGAGAUCUGGAGACAGGUGGAUUGCACUGCAAUGUGAAUGUAUUUAAUGCCAGUGGACUAUAUACUUAGACUAGUUAAAAGGUAAAUUUUAUGUUGUGUGUAUUUUACCACAAUGUUUUUAAAGGCUAUAGUAUUAAGAGCAACUCAAUACCUAAAGAGUUAAAAUCAAAUUUCUCUAAAAUGGUUUUUCUUCAACAGAAUUUUGUAAAAGCCCAUAAAUCACUUUCUGAAUGAGUUUCCAGUCAAGAUGGACUCUUGAGUAGCUUGAUUUGCUCAGGAAUGAAAAUCACAACGUGACAAAGUGAGAACUUCUUGAGGAUGGCUCAAUAAUGAAUGACUUUGAAAAAUGCCCUACGUCUCAAUUUAUUUAUAAUGGAAAUACCAAGCCUACUCAAAGCUGUUUGUGUCUGCAGGACUGUAUAUGUACCAGUAAAUAAUUCAAACACAAAAUCCCUCACUUUGAUAUCUAAAGGCAAUGAGGGGCAAAGGUCAGGCUUCUGUCUUAUUCUUCACAUGGCAAUGGAUUUUUGUCCUCCAGAAAUGUUGCUGAUGUCCUAUGUCUCACCAGAAGGCCCUGUGUGAAAUGACUCAGGGUGUGAUUCUUUCUUUAUCAUACUCCUUCCAUUUUAAACAUUUAAUGUUUGAUUUGAAGGGGAAAUAAUUUCAAAGCCACUCCUUGUCUACUUGUACUUUUUCAUGAUUAUCAUAUUAUUUCUAUGUGCAUCCUAGACUUUGUAGUAUUCUUAAUGGUUUGCAUCAUCACAAACCUUAAGGAAGGCUGGAGCACUUUCCAGACAGUGGUGCGUGAAAUGGAGGAGGAUGUUGAAGCAGAGCAUCCAUGAGGCCCACUUGGCUGGAUGGGAAGGCUGGUACAGCAACACUCAGAGAUGUAAGGUUUGUUCUUUCUCAAGAGAUUCCAAAGGACUUUCUGUUUGCUGUGGUUUGAACAUCUCCUCCAAAACACAUGUUGAAACUCGGUUACCGUUGUGGGGUGUCAAGAGGUGAGGCCUUUGGGAGGUGGUUGGGCCAUGAGGACUCUGUCCUCAUGAAUGGAUGAUGUUUUUAUCAUGGGAGUGGGUUAGUUAUUUUGGGAUUUUGGCCCCCUUUUCAUCUCUGCCUUGUGCCCUCUGACCCUCUCUUGCCCUUCUGCCUUCUGCCCUUUUACUGUGAGAUGACCCUUGCCAGAUGUGGCACCAUGCUCUUGAACUUCCCAGCCUCCAGCACGGUGUUCUGUAAAAAUUACAGUGUUCCAUAAAAAAUCACCGUGAGUUUGAAGUGCUGCCAUCUCAACUUGUCUAAGAAGCACUGUUUGUCCUUGCACAAAAGGGGUAUAAGUAUGUACAGGGAAAGGGGACACACAUUCUUUGCCUUGCCCAAGGUCCAGACUCCUGGAAAGGCAUUCUUUCCCAAUAUAGGCAACAGAAGGUGCACCUGGCCUCUUCUUUCCAUUCUGAAUGAGGUUAGGUGCUGGCUCCAGACUGGGAGAACAACUCAGUUGCACACAGAAGAGUUUGAGGUAACUAAGUUAAUAAUAACACCAACGCAAAGAUACCAUGAAGCUGAAGCUGGAGUCAGCACCCUUUUCCGACUUAAGCUCUUUACCCCUUUGGUUCUCCCUCCAGGACAGCCUAUCCUGGAUGCCCUCUCAAAAAAGGCACUCUGAGAGUAUCAUCAUGUCACUCCUCUACUUUCUCCUUCCUCUCACCCAAGGUGGCAAGGAUCCAGGGCUAUCACAAGAAGACCCUGCUCUCCGGAACGAUCAUAUCCCACUGUCUUUGCCCACCUCACUACACUCCCUGGUCCCAGAAACCUGAGGUCUUCCUGCCUGCUCCAACACAUACACACACACGCACACACACACACACACACCCUAUUCUCACUCACUCACUCUCUCCCAUUAUUAGUAUCUCACUAGGGUUGGGUUCUCUAUGCCUCGUGAUAAGUUCCUGAGAAAUUAAUUCGUACUUUUGGAGAAAUAAGAGUAUUAAUGGUUAAUUUCAGGGGUUUUGGAGCCAGGAAGACCUGAGUUGGAAUGCCAUUUUAGACACAAAUUUUGUAACUGGGCAAUUGCUUACCAUCUUUGGGCCUCUUUCUUCUCCUUUGAAAAUAGGGAUGUCAAUCCUCUUUCAGAGGGCCGUUGGAAUAAUUAAACGAGAUACGUGUAUAGCCCUUAGAACAGGCCUGGUUUACAGUAAGCAAUGAAUAAAUGGAAGUGAUUAUUGAUGUUUUUGUACUAAUGAGAAGAAUUUAGAAUAAAUAUUUCCUCCCCUCACCUCCUCUCCCUCUGUCUAAUUCUGUCUUCUCUGCCUGAUAAAAUAACUUGUUUUAUGGAUACAACGCCUUGUACUUCAAUGCCCAGAAUCCCAAAGUAGGGAUUCUGUUAGUGAAAGUCCAGCCUAGUGAGCAGUUUGGUGAACUAGCAAGAGCAAAAAUUGAGCAACAAGAGGUCUAGACUCUAAUUCCUGCUCUGCUGCUAACAAGCCAGGCAAUUUGGGGCAAGUCAUUAGCCCCUGAAGGCUAUAAUUUCUUCUGUAAAAAGAAUUGGGAUAAGAUGGACUUGUAGGUUCCUUCUGAUUUUUGUAUUUUAUGGUUCUAUAUGAAAAGGUUUUUCUCUGAAUGAAUUCUUUUACUGAUACUUAAAAAACCUUAGCUGAUGUAUUUUUUCUUCUGAGACCUCUUAUUGCAUAGCUUUAUCUUGCCUCACAUUUUUUUUCACAUGCAGAAGUGGUAGUUGAAGGUGGACUGUGGAGUUGGUCAUUCUAGGUUUGGAUUUCAGUACCACCACUUGGCUUUUGGCCAGUUAUUUAACCUCUCUGAGGCUCCGUGGUCUCAUCUGUCUAAUGAGGAUGGACAGAGGGUAGAUGUGAAGAUGAAAGGAGGCAGAAUUCUUAGACUAACCUCAAAGGCUAUAGUUUGAUUGUCCUGUAGGACAUUAACCAGUUUUGUCUAUAACUUGGCAAACUUAUUUCAGAAUGUCUUUUCUCAUGGACUCUGAAUACCUGAUCACUAUCUUCCUGAUUUCUUCAUUAAUUAGUGAGUCUAAUAGAAUCUUUCACAUGUGCUUCAUUCUAUUUUUUAUAUAAGAAUCCUGUUUUUAACCUUUUGAAAAUUAUUCUUUGACUGCCUUCAGACACUCUCCUUGAUAGACUGACAUAGGCGAAACUCACUAGAAAUGCUGAUUAAGUUACUGAAAAAAAAGAAAAACGAUCGAGAUUUGCAUUUUUACACUUUCUGCCUGAUUCUUCCCUAUGUCACUUAGCCGAAGCCAGGCCCUACGAGGGUAAGGGUGGGGAAAAUUCCCUUGGAGGAAUCUCUACUUAUUGGAAAAAGAAAUAAGCAAAAAGCAAGAUGAGCCUGGCAGAAAGAGAUAUUUUGCUUGUGGCCUUUACAUUUAUGACUAGCAAGAUAAUGAAGGAAGGUAAUUCUGAAAGCUUUAUGUCAGUUUUAACGGUCCCUCAAGCACUGAGAAAGAUAGUAGUCAAUGGAUGGUGUCCAUAAGGAUUUUUUCUCCUUCUCCCCUGACAGCCAUUGACAGGAUCAUUUUGUAUUUGCAACUGCUGUUAUUGAAGCGUGCAGAAAAGGCCCUGUAAGGCCAGGAGGAUGAGGGCUACUUCCCUGCAAGGAUCUCUAUUGUCAUCACUAUGGCAAUAAUACUUACUAUAAUUUUCAUUCUGCUUUUCUAUAGAGUGUCGACUUUGUGGAGCUUAAGGCUAUGGGAUUUGGGUCACAUAAAAUCACACUAGCAUAAAAUCACGCUUUGUUAUCUUGAAAGAGUAUUUUUUUUUAACUGCAAAGAGAGCCUAUGCAACAAGAUUAAAAUAAUUGCCAAUGCAGGUCACUUGACUAAUAUAAUUAUUUAUGGGAUGCUAAUAGCUUUUCAGACGCUUUCAGAUACAGUGUCAAUUUGACAGCAGUUUUUUCUCUCUCUGUUUGGAUUGUUAGACCACUGCCAGUUUUUCUCCCCAAGGACAAGGCUUAUCAUUGGGGGGUGGGGGUGGGGAAUGUAAAUUAAUUGGAAAUCAGCUCUCAGGCGUCGUCUGGUAGUUUCUCUUUAUUAUCUGCAAUUAAAUCAUAAGGACAGGAACCAUGCCUUCUAUUUCACUUAUAUGCACCCUCAUCUCCUAGCGUCGCGCUCUGCAUAAAUUUCAAUGGUACUAGCUUUCCUACAGACAGCUUUAGAGACAUUAGACACUUCUAAAGUACGACUCUGCGGAAAGAGCCCUUUGGGAAUGAAGCGGCAACGGUGGCGCACCUGCGAUCCUAGCGUGGGAUGACAAAGCUCUAAGAGGAGUCUCAGGGUAGGGAGGAAACAGCUGGAGACAAAGAAAGGGGGUGUAGCGAAAAGAGGUGAAAACAAGAAAGAUAAGCGAACAGAACAGACCAAAGAGAGAAAAAUAACAGAAGAGACUGAGAAAAAGAAAAAGCAAGUGGAGCGUCCACUGCCCCGCCUGCAGAAGGCGAGCACGCGCGGAGGAGACUACAGGCCCCAGAAUUCCCCGCGGUUCCCCUUGCCUGGGGUCAGUCUCCUAGGCAACCCCGCUAAACAAGAUGGCGACCUCCGGGAGGGCUCUCCAGAGGACCAGAGCUGCCUCUCUCCUCAGAGGCUUGGGCAGAUCCCGAACUGGAGCCCGAUCGUUACAGUUUCGCGCAGAAAAAGAGCGUCAGCCUUGCUGGUCUUCUUUUCCCAUGGGGCAGAAGACGAAAGGCAGCUCUAACAUAGCCUCCUCCUACCUGCUCCAGCAGCUCAUGCACCGCUAUCAGGAGCUGGACGCGGACGGAGACGAGGACCAGGGCGAGGGCGAGGCGGAUUCCGAGGAGUCCUCAGAGUCCGAAAUGCUGAAUUUGGAGGAGGAAUUUGAUGGGGUCCUGAGAGAGGAGGCUGUGGCCAAAGCACUCCAUCACUUGGGGCGCUCAGGCUCUGGGACUGAGCAAGUCUACCUCAAUCUAACUUUAUCAGGUUGUAAUUUAAUUGAUGUUAGCAUUCUCUGUGGAUAUGUUCACCUACAGAAGUUGGAUCUUUCAGCGAAUAAAAUUGAAGAUUUAUCUUGUGUGAGUUGUAUGCCUUAUCUCUUAGAACUUAAUGCUUCUCAAAAUAAUUUGACUACGUUCUUCAAUUUCAAGCCACCCAAAAACCUCAAGAAGGCGGAUUUUUCCCACAACCAAAUUUCUGAAAUUUGUGAUUUGUCGGCGUAUCAUGCUCUCACUAGACUAGUUUUGGAUGGCAAUGAGAUAGAAGAAAUCAGUGGACUAGAGUUGUGCAACAAUCUAAUUCACCUUAGUUUGGCCAACAACAAGAUCACGACAAUUAAUGGCUUAAACAAGUUACCAAUCAAAAUACUUUGUCUGAGCAAUAACCAGAUUGAGAUGAUCACAGGUUUGGAGGAUCUGAAAGCCCUGCAGAACCUGGAUCUGUCCCACAAUCAGAUAAGCAGCCUCCAAGGCUUAGAGAAUCAUGACCUCCUGGAAGUGAUCAACCUGGAGGAUAAUAAGAUUGCUGAGCUGAGAGAAAUAGAAUACAUUAAAAAUUUACCCAUCCUUCGAGUUCUCAAUCUUCUAAAAAAUCCAAUUCAGGAAAAGUCUGAAUAUUGGUUCUUCGUAAUUUUUAUGCUUCUGCAAUUAACAGAAUUAGAUCAGAAGAAGAUUAAAGUGGAAGAAAAGGUUUCAGCAGUGAAUAAAUAUGAUCCUCCUCCUGAAGUGGUUGCAGCUCAAGACCACCUGACCCAUGUUGUCAACAGCGUGAUGCAGCCGCAGAGGAUCUUUGACAGCACUCUUCCCAGCUUGGACGCCCCUUAUCCCAUGCUGAUACUAGCUGGUCCUGAAGCUUGUGGGAAACGAGAGCUUGCCCAUCUCCUCUGCAGACAGUUUAGCGCUUACUUCAGAUACGGGGCCUGUCACACCACAAGACCACCUUACUUUGGAGAAGGGGAUCGAGUUGAUUAUCAUUUUAUCUCUCAAGAAGUUUUUGAUGAAAUGGUAAACAUGGGGAAAUUCAUUCUAACAUUUAGUUAUGGUAAUCACAAGUAUGGAUUAAAUAGGGACACCGUAGAAGGUAUCGCAAGAGAUGGUUUGGCAAGCUGUAUUCAUAUGGAAAUAGAAGGUGUAAGAAGUUUGAAAUAUUCCUAUUUUGAGCCUCGUUAUAUCCUGGUGGUGCCCAUGAACAAGGAAAAAUAUGAGGGAUAUUUGCGGAGAAAAGGAUUAUUCAGUCGUGCAGAAAUUGAAUUUGCUGUCUCUAGAGUGGACCUUUAUAUUAAAAUUAAUCAGAAUUUUCCGGGAUAUUUUGAUGCAGUAAUCAAUGCAGAUGAUCUGGAUGUUGCCUACCGAAAACUGAGUCAGCUCAUUAGAGAAUACCUUGGAUUGACAGAGGAACCUGCCAAGAGUUUGGCUACAACUGCAGCAGGAGCUCCCUCUAGCAAGAAGACUGUCUCUGGGGUACCAGCACAUCUGGUUCCAUCUCCCAGGCGCUUGGCGAAACUGCAAGCAGAUGGCCAGAUGACAGAGCAUCUCUCUGGAAUGCAAAUUCAUGCCAAGGACCUAGAAAAUCAGAGCCUAACUCCUGCCCAGAACCAAGAGCUGGCUCAGGAUGGAGAAACCCAUCAAAAAGAGCUUUCUCUUGACAGCCAUCUCAAUCCUGAGCUCCCUCAAAACCUCAGUUCAUUGGCACCAGGUCUUCCUCAGCAGGCCCAGGACCUAUCCCUAAACCCGACAGAAGAGGAUGUCCAACAAUCAGAUCUUCCUCUAAAACAAACAGCCACUGAGACAGAUGUCCCUGAGGUGGAAGCCAGUGAGGUUGGGAAGUCUCCCAUCACCCCUACCCUGGCGCCUCCUGCACACCCUUCCCCUCCCCCAUCCCGCGGCCCUCAGCCAGACCAGGACGAGGAGUCAGGGGAGGCCCAGGUAACCCCCACUGGCCCUCCUCUGUCUGAACCUCCACAGGGACCUGGCCCCACUCCCCUCAGCCCUCAGAGAAUUCAGGAUGAGGAAAUUGAGUCAGACAGACUUCCACCCAGCAGUUCCCACCAUGAUCCUCCAAAAGAUUCUUCCCGCCCUGACUCGGUGCAGAAACUUGCUGGAGAUUCUCAGCAAGCUCUGAAGGAGGAAACCUCCAAAUGGGAAACCAUCCGGGUCAGUAUCCCUCACCCAGAACUGCCACAUCCCCAAGACUUAGCAACAGAUACCAAGCAGCCCCAGGCCAGGGAAGCCCUGGGGACCUUGCUUCCUAGAAGCCGGCUGGCUCCCACUCGGCUGCCCCAGCCACAGGUGCUGGCUCCCCUCCAGAGCAGGAGGCCCAUACCCAAACUCCUAUCGCCCAGCAGGGAAGAGGCUUUAGGAACAACCUCCCAUCAAACCAUGACUGUCUCUCCCAGGCUUCCACCAACCCGGGAAGCAGACACCAGUAAACUUCCUCCCAUCAGCCCUCCGCACUCAAAACCACCACCAAAUCUGAGCCCCCAGGCAGCCCACAGUCUUCAGCAAGUCCAGGAAGAGAAGGUCAGUGAGGUGAAACUCCCUCUUAUCAGUCCCGCCAGCCAGGAGCAAGCAGCAGCACCUCGCAACCUCAGUCCCGCCCAGGAGGAGGUGGCUCAGAAAGUGAGGCUCCCUCGCAUUCCUGCUCCUCUCCCGGAGCCAGGGCUGCCCCAGAACUCGGGGACUCAGCCUGAUCCAAGGCCUGCAAAGGAAAGGAAAGCUCCCCAAGCAGGCGGCUCCUCCAGGAGGAGGAUUCCAGACAUGCGGGCCUCACCCCACAACCAGGGGCCACUUCAGCAGACAGGGGCUAGGGAAAAAAAACUCCCCAACCAGAAAGGGACGGCUAGAGGACUGGCACCUCUGGAAGAGGCACUGCCUGGGAGCCACCAGCCAGCCUCGCAGCUAGAACCCCACGAUCAGCCAGCUCCCACCAUGGUGCCUGACCAUCCCGACCCCAGCCCUCCUCUUGUUUCUUGUCUAAGCUAGUAUUUCAGUGUGUAACUGUUACAAACUAGGCCAUCUGAGCAACCAGAGAAGCAAAGUCCAUACACUAGAAAUUCCUGAGCCGCCCCACGCCGAGCCAUCACCUAAGACCCCCAAUUACAAGAAGAUAAAAAAAAAAACCCCAUAAUUCCAGAAAAAGGACCCAUACCAACCUCCCCACAAAUGACCUGGCUCGGAAUGUAGAUGUGUCCAAACAAGGGCCAUCUUGGAAGAGAGAGAUUUUUGGAGGGUUAUCUCAAGAAAAUAAAACUCCCAUCAACAGCGAUCAGCCAGCUCAGGAGGGCCAGCCCUCACCCGGGAGACCCCUCCAGAGGGAAAAGGCCCCUGCGGAGUCGCUACAGGACAGCUCGGCUCCUGUGGAGCAUCCAGGGAGAAAGGGACAGGUUCAUCGAAAGGGCAAGUCUCAGAGGAGAGAGAUUGCUUUGCAAUCCCCAGAGCAGGACAGUGGGCCCCCAACCCAGCAGCCUGUCAAAGACACACCAGCCCAUCAGGGGAGAGGUCAGGCCAGACAGAGCUCUGUCCAAAGGCACAAUACACUUGCUUCCAAGCAGCAAACCAAACAGAAGCGAACCUGAAAACAUGGGACAGUGCCACAGGACAAAAGCCCCACCACUCCCCUGAACCAGGUGUCUGCUGUGGAGCAGGGCAGCCGGAAGGGAAGACUGCGCCCCAGGAGCAGUCAGAGCACCAAGGUUUAAGCCAUCCCUGGAGCCACCAGCUCAUUAAGGUCUGGGAACCCCGAGGCAGCACUGUCACAGAACGACCAGCUAUGGCUGGGUGCUGUGAGUCUCCACACUGGCUUCCUCCUGAACCCAUAGCCAGCGUAGGUGGAGGGGCUGUUCAGCGCUGUCCAAACCUUGGAUUCCUAGAAGGCAGCCAGUCUGCACUCCUGUGCCUCUUCUGCUGUUGCCAUCACAGCCUGGAAGAGCAGCUGUUGCAGAGGGAUGCAGCUCUAUCAGCUGCUGCCACCAAAUUGAGCUAUUCUGGAAGGCUGGUGUCAGCAAGUAGCCUUUGUGUCCAGACAUGAAUCCAACCUGAGUUCCAACUCUGGCUGAAGCAGGGCCAUAUUGCCAUUAAGUUUUGUUCUCUUCAUAAGGAAAAUUCGCUUCUAGACUGCUAGAAAAUUCUCUCACCCCUCUUGCAUUAUCGAGGAGUUUCAAAGCAAAAAGAACUCUUGAGACAGGAAGACUUUGCUGUUCCUGGAGGUUCCAAAUCUACAGUUAACUUGUGGGAAUCUUCUGUAGGGAAGAAGACAUAUUUUGCCUGCAUGACUCUGUGAUCAAAUGCUUCAGAUUUGUCUUGGCAAUAUGUUGCCUGAAACUUACUUUUGCUUGAAAUGUAUUUCAAAAUGAAUACCUUCCUUCUUUCUCUGAAUAGAAAUCUCAUGUAAAUUAGCCCAUGCCUUUAUUAUGCCAAACCAUCUGGUUGAAUCAAUUAAAAGAAUUAAUGGGGAGAACAUUUAAGUGAAUCAGUUGUUCAUUUAUCUAUUCAUACCAUCAGGAUUCUUUUGCUGGCAAAUGAUAGGAGUCCACUCUAAGCCAGCUUGUGUGACUCUAUUAGAAGGGAGUAGAAGAUUUCAUAUGGCCAAACUAUGGGAAGGGCAGGGCUACAGCAAGUCUCAGAGAGACUGGGGGCCAGUUAUGGAACAUAACCAGGACUCUAGUCAUCUCCUGGACUCUGGUCUAGGACUCUCACCACUUCUCAUCUCUGUUUCUUUCUCCAUGUUGGCUUCAUUCUUUGGACUACAGAUGACUCUAUCAGUUUCUGCACAUGGUGGGAAACAUGGCCACCAGCAGCUCUCAAGACCAUAUCUGAUUUUACCUCUGGAAGCUCCCACUGCUGUAAAGGGAUUAAUUUGAAUGAAUGUUCAUUAAUCCUAAUCCAAAGAAAGUCUUGUUGGCCUAGCUUGGUUUAGGCACUUGUUCUUAAACCAAUCUGCUCUGGCAAGGAGCCAGGGUUACCUUUAGACAUACCUAUUGAACCUACUCCUAUGUAUGGACACUAUACUCCACCCAAAAAGAGGAUAAUUGUGACUGAAACGGACAACCCAAGAUGUGACUCUUAAAAGCUACAAGAUAUCUAUUGAGCACUUACUGUGUACACAGCAGCAUGCUAAACUGUGUUUGGUAUCUCAUAUUUAAAAACGUAACUGAUGACUAAAUGCCUGUGCAAAUGUCUCUUAUACAAAAGAGAGGUGUCUAUGAAACUAUGAAUUUCAAAUGUUAUUUCAAGGGCAGUAGAGGAAACUCAUAUUUUAGAAAUCCAGGAUAUAGAAAUCCUCUUACAAAAUGAAGAGCUUAUAUAAUGCCAGUAAUUGCCCUCUGAUUUAUCUGAUUUGUCCAUGAUGAAAAUAAUACAGUAAUUGUAGAAAACAUAUCAUUUAUUUAUUUUUACUAAAAGUGUAUUUAUUUUUACUAAAAGUUCAUUCAUCCAACAAGCAUUUAUUGAGCACACCCUAUGUGCCAGACAGUGAUAGUUGCUAGAUAAGGGGAAGUGAUGAGGAUACUUCAAGAAGCUUUGUCUUUUAUCAAGGAAGACAGAUAAGAGAGUUCAUUAUAUUAAUAACGCCAUGUGAUUAGGGCAGCUGAAGGCCCCACAGUGUGUUAGGCUACAUUUUGCAUCCUACAGACAGGAAAAUGCAUUUGUUAACUUUUCCAGAUGUCAUAAGAAUACCAAGGAAGGACACUGAAUUCAGCCUGGGAUACAAACACUGGAUCAGGAAACACUCCUAAGAGAAAGUCAGCCUUCAGCUUAGUCUUCGCGGUUGCAGAAUAGUCAGCAGACUGAUGGGGAGAGGAAGUUUUCUUAGAAGAAGGAACCACGUUCGCCUAAGCAGGGGCACACGCAGGCAUAGCAUCUUCUAAGGAACCGAAUGCCAGGGGAGAUGCAGGUCUAUAUAGAUCCAAAGUGCCUUUUGUGCUACACCAAAGAGCUUGGAAACUUGAUCUUUAACAAUGGGGAGCUGCUGAAUUUGUAUCUGAGAGGCGUCUGUCUGGAGGGGGUAUAGAGGAUGAAUUUGAGGAGAGCAAUACAGGAAGCAGGAGGAGUGGCAGGGAAGUUAUUGCUGUAGUCCAGGAAAGAAGGUUAGGCCUGAAAUAAGGCUGUGGGGGCACGAAUUGUCCAAUUAGGUAAAUAUUUCUAUUGGAUGUGGGGGAGGGCAGUUUGUGCAAGAGAGGAAGAAAAUUAAGAUAAUUACUCAUUUUCUAUGAGGUGGGUGUGGGGCACUUUAGAGUUGUCCAUGUCUCGUUUAGGUGAAGAAUUUUCGAAAUUUAAAAUUGCUUUUAGAAAUGUAUAAUUUUCCUCUUUGCGCGCCUGUUUCUGAGGCUCCUGAAGGCAUUUGGGGUUGCAUUUCCAUUAGGAUACAAAAGGGAAGUGAUAAGCCAAAUUUUUUCUAUCACUUGUUUGUGUUUCUGUUAUUGUUUUGGUAGUAUAUGUUCCUAAUGUCUCAGAUUCAGUGGAACUGGACAACAUUUUGUUUGUGGUCGGAGGAAAGGAGUGGAAAAGAGUAUCAACAAGAGGUUUUUAGUGCUAUUAUUGAUUUUCUUGGUAUAAGGGAAACCUCUGAUUUUUACGCAUAGAAUAACAAUGUUUAAAAAUUGCCAUUUUCCAUCUAUAUUUACAAGGUUCCUAUCCUUCCCAUUUGAUAUGUUGCUCAGCAAGGUGAUCUUUAUAGGAACAAAAAAACAUUGUGGCUUAUAGUUACUACAUUAGUAAUACCAUCUUUAGCUCCUUUAAAGAAAACUGGCACCUAAUAUUCAAAUCAAUGGAGAUAAUAUUGCCACUUGGCAUGAAAGCCUUCCUCAAAUAUUUAAAGAGCUAAAUCAGUUAUUUCCAAAACUUCAAAAGGUAAUUGAACAAAGGGCAUGAUUGGGAAAUUCACAGAAGAGGAAAUAAAAAUGGCCAAUAGAUAUGUCAAAAAGUAUUUAACCUCAUUAUAAAUUAAAACAGGAUAGACUUUUUUUUUGUACUGAAUUGGCAGAUGAAAAACAACUUAAUGCCUAUUGUUGGCGAGGCUGUGGGUAAAUGCACUUUUUAUGUCUCAGGAGAGAAAGUAAAUCGGCACAAUUUUUCUGGGGCACAGUUUUACAAUUUUCUGUCAAAGCCGUAACAUUUUGUGUAUCUUCAGUCUAGUAAUUCGAAUCUGAGGAUUAUCAUAAGGAACUCACUUAUGUGCAAGGAUGUUCAUAUCAGUGUUUUUUAUGAUAAAAUCUAGAAAUAAUCUAGCUAUCUAAUGGGAUUUUAGAAACUAGUUAUGGUAUAGCUAUAU